AUGUUCUACUCGCAGUACAUCCUCGCGAAGCGCGGUCCGUUAGGGACGAUAUGGAUCGCCGCGCACUUGGACCGAAGGCUCAGGAAGCAGCAGAUCACGGAGACGGACAUCGCGGAGGCAGUCCAAUCGAUCGUGAACCCCGAGGCCCCGCUCGCGCUGCGCCUCUCCGGCCAGCUCAUGCUCGGCGUCGUUCGAAUCUACAACAGGAAGGUGUCGUACCUGUUCCAAGACUGCUCCGAGGCGCUGGUCAAGAUAAAGGGCGCGUUCGCCAAGGAACGCGCGGACCUCCCCGAGGGCGGCGCCGUCGCGGUCCACAACGUGAUCACGCUCCCGGAAAACUACGACGACCUCGAG